CCAGAGACGAUAUUGUUGUGGUUCAAAUCCAUUGUGUUUAUUUCCGGUUGUAAAAUGGACGACGAAUACGCAGCCGUCCAGAAAGGAGGUCUAAACCUCAAAGUUCAAGAACAAGGAGGAAAAAAGAAAAAGAAGAAGGACAAGGAAAAAAAGAAAUUGGAAGAGCUUGUUGCAAGGACAAGCAAGGAGGAACGACAUGAAUUAACAGCAAGACCAUCCAAGACAAAAGCAGAAUUAGCUUUUGAGAGGGCUAAAAAGAAAAAAAAUGAACAGCAAAUUCUUCAGCGGGCAUCAAAAUCCCACAAAGAAAGAAUUAUGGAGUUCAACCAGCAGUUGGAUAACUUGACUGAACACUUUGACAUACCAAAAGUGAGCUGGACCAAGUAAUAAAAAUUCAGUAUUUAUUUGGACAGCAAGCUUUGACAAUAGGUGGCGACGGCCCCAAAGUCUUUAACUUGAGGUGGCUAGAGAUGAGAAGCUCCCAACACUAAUUCACAAAAUAUCCAUUUUGAGAUAAUGGAGAAAAUUUCAAUAGGCACCGAUAUCAUACAUUAAAGAUUAAACAACUUCUGAUGAUUUAUG